UGCCUUUCACCUUUCCGGCGAUGUUCGAUGCUCUGGAUAGAUUCAGAUAGUAAUAGAAAGGAAUGUCAAGCUUUCUCCCCACCAGCGGUCGGAAACCAGAGUGGGUUGGCGGAAAGAAGUGGAGACAAAUCACUUUUGAACAUGCUUUCGAGUUCGUGACUCUGAGGGAAGAAACGGGAGAGCCGGUGAAGGGAAGGAGUUAUGUUGGCGCGUCACGCGGAGGCACUGGAGUGACGGGACUCCGCAUGAACAGAAGAAACAGAGGGAAUUGAUAUAACAC